UCCCUCUUUUUAACGUAACGAGGUAACGGAGGCAGCCAGAUUUCCACAUUGACCGUCGGCACCGAGACACCGUACGACGAAAAAACACACGUCGUACACAGUCGAGUCUCGGAGCGGAUUGAUAACGCCGGGAGGGUGAUGCGAAGUGGCUCGGACACGCGGCUCACGAAAAGAGAGAGACCACGUGGAUACACGGCGACGAUCUGAACGACGGCUGCGUGGGAAACUAAUUCCGCGAUGGACCGAUAGACGACGGGAUGGACGACGCGUGACAUGAGAGAACGAUUGCGAAAAUGAUGAGGAGGAGCGGCAUGAACGGACGAGGAGUCGGCGACAACGGCGAAGGAGCGCUGAUCCUGCUCCUCGUCGCAUUGACUCCUGUUAUCUGCUCCGCCGGAAUCCUGGACCCUUGGCAGUGGGCGCGCAGCGAUCGGAUCGAAGUCAACAUACCUUGGCUGCCUUUCGAGAACGAGACGCGCUGCUACGACGAGCUGGGCUGCCUGAACAUCACCAGGAGCUGGUACCACCUCAUUCAUCGGCCCCUCAACGUUUUCCCGCUACCGCGAGAAGUCAUCAACACCAGAUUCAUCCUCUACACGAAUCAGAAUCCCCUGGACGGUCAAAUAUUAAAAGUGGCCAAGGAUAAAUCCAUCGAAAACUCAAACUUCAAUCCUAAGCGAAAAACCAAAUUCAUUAUACAUGGCUUUAUAGACACUCCGCUCAGCAAUUGGGUCAAGGAGAUGAGGAGCGAGUUGUUGGAGCACGGCGAUUACAACGUUUUUGUGGUCGACUGGGCUGGCGGAAGUCUACCUUUGUACACCCAGGCGACGGCGAACACGAGACUGGUCGGACUCGAACUGGCUCAUCUCAUCAAGCACUUGCAAACAAACUACGGUCUGGAUCCGAACGACGUGCAUUUGAUCGGGCACAGCCUCGGCGCCCACACGGCCGGUUAUGCGGGCGAGAAAUUGGGUGGCAAUAUCGGCCGUAUCACCGGGUUGGAUCCCGCAGAGCCGUAUUUCCAAGGAAUGCCGAGCCACCUUCGCCUGGAUUACACGGACGCCCGGCUGGUAGACGUAAUUCACACCGACGGAAAGAGCAUAUUUUUCUUAGGCCUUCCAGGGUACGGGAUGAGCCAGCCGUGCGGGCAUCUGGACUUCUACCCGAACAACGGCAAGGAGCAGCCCGGCUGCACGGAUCUGAGCGAGACCACGCCGUCGUUGCCGCUCACCCUGAUACGGGAGGGCCUCGAGGAGGCGUCGCGCGUCCUGGUCGCCUGCAACCACGUGCGCGCCCUCAAGCUCUUCAUCGAGAGCAUCAACUCCAAGUGCCAGUACGUGGCGCACGAGUGCUCGAGCUACGCGAGCUUCCUGCGGGGCGAGUGCUUCUCCUGCAGGAGCAACAACAGCCUGAGCUGCGGCGUGAUGGGCUACCACGCGGACACCAGUCCGGCGCUGGUGAAACGCCAGGCGAUGGGGCAGGACGUCUCGUCCUUGCUGGGCUCCAAGUUCUUCUUCAUGACCGGCAAGGAGGAUCCGUAUUGCAGAAGACAUUACAGAAUCACCAUCAACCUCGCCCGACCGCCGACCGCGGAGAGCUGGGUGCAGGGCUUCAUGAAAGUCACUCUCCACGCCGACAAAGGCGUGAUACGCAACAUGGAUCUCACGCCCAGCGGCUACAUGAAACUGGAGCACGGUUCGACCGCGCGGAUGGUCGUGGCCCAUCCGACCGGUUCCGUCGGCAACAUCGGCAAGAUCCGGCGGAUCGAGCUCUCCUGGGUCUACGACAUGGACGUGCUGCAGCCUAGGUCCCUGUGCUUCUUCUGGUGCAACGACCGGCUGUACGUCAAUAGCGUCAAGGUGGACGCCAUGGACCUACCGGGCAGAGGAAAACGGGAGGUGGAUUUCUCCAGCAAGCUCUGCUCGGCCGGCAGGCGGGAGUACACGGAGAUCGCGAGCGGCUCCACCGCCACGUUCCUCGACAACUGCUGAUCCGAUCCCGAUUUCCCGCGCUGGGAAACAUCGCAUCUCGGGCGGCGCGCGUCGUAUAAUUACAAAACAGCCGGGCGGCUUGCCUAUAUCAUUCGCGGGAGGCGAUUCUCGAAAGUCGGACAACGAUGAUGAUGAUGAUGAUGAUGAUGACGACGGCGACGAUAAUGAUGAUGAAACGAAAUGGAGAGAAUCGCGAUCCCGCGCGUAAUCCCUCGGUAAUUUCUUUCGCCGGCGAUAUAAGUACGCGACGGAAGAGGCCCGUUUUAUGUGCUCCCCGCGGGCUCUCCUCUAUUUAUCGCAACCGAUCUGCCGCUUUCUUCAAACCCGCGAUCCCCGGACGGCACCGCGGCUAUCCAAUUAACACUUCCACGUACGGAGACGGUCUGACGCAACUCGCCGCUACUAACACGACACGCCUGUAAUCCGAGUUCCUAGAGAUCCGUCCGGGCGCGAAGAUCUGAUCCUAAUAAUCGCGCCUAAUAAACGCCGAUUGAGACGCGACGAUUGCGAAAGCGCGUUCGUAGGAAGUGAAAUUCUUAGCGGACAGAGAUGCCCGCCUGCGGAUGCGAAAUCGGACAGAGCCGCCGCGAAGCCUUGUGUGCCUCCGUGAUCAGAAAAGUCGCAACUCUUCGCAAUUGCUUUUCUCCUUUUUGGUAAAACGAUUUCUUCAGUAUUAGUAUUGAUCGAUUUACUAUGUACAUGUUGUAUAUAUAACAGUAGGCGUUGACGCAUUAAAAUUAAUUUCUUGCGGAUGUGAUUAUCGCUUAGAGUCUCGAGUGAUCGCUAAUGUAAGGCUUCUAUUAAACUCGGUCUAUGUAUUAUUAUACAUAUACUUGUUCUUUUUUUUUGUACGAUGACACGAUUAUCGUAUUGUCUCUCGCGAAUAUGACGAUGGGUUGUGAUAUUCUCUUAUAACUUAAGGAUCAUAUGUAUGGUA